AUGGAACUGAGUUGUCCCGCGAUCGCGCUGUCGACGCCAUUAUUCCAAAUCUCAUGGGGGGGGCCACCAGGCCUCAUCGCCGAGACACUAUUCAGUCCAAGACUCGUGACUGUCACUGUCAAGACGCUGACGGGUAGGAGGUUUUCACUGUUGUAUCCUGCCACCGAAGAUGUCGCCGACAUUCGGGACGAGAUUCGCUUCCGCGAGGGAAUCCCCAAUGAACAGCAACGACUCGUUCUGAACGGGAGGCAGCUCGAAGAUGGCCGCAGUCUAGCGGACCACGGGGUCAAGACAGAGUGCACGCUGCAAUUGAUCCUCAAGCUUAGAGGCGAUGUGGGCCCAGGACUCAAGUUUGCCGACGUCUACUAUGAAGACACGUGGCUGGUUGAGCUUCAACUGGACAGCAAGGCCCCGGACUGGCGUACGUGCGCAGAAGGACUCAACCUCGAGGGCGAAUGUGAAAACGACGACUGCGAAGCUUUUGGGAACAUGGUCAUCCAUCAGUUUGGCUUUGACUCCUUCAACCUCAUGCGAGAUCAUCGCGUCCCGUGCCCAAAUUGUGAAAAGGAUUUCAAGCCGGUCACGUGCGGCUUCCAUCGAUGCGUGUGGAAAUUCGACGGUAAACUGUCGGACGAUGGUGGAGAAAUGCCAGUGGCGAGAAGUACCAUCGCUUCGAUACGGAUCAGGCUGGAGUGGGAUAGCCUCCUCAUUGUGGCUAAAUCGCGCCGAGUUGCUAUUGCAGCGAAGAUUCCUGCAUGCAGUAGGUCCGUUGCCGUUCGCAAGAGCACAGUAUGCUCCAUCUGCUGGUCAACAUUUGGCUCAACAGAGCGAAAUGCAGUCAGUAGAGCGCAGUGA